GCCAUAUGACCGCAAAGCAGGUGCCUUUGUAUGAGAAGGUCUAGUCAGAUUGCGGUCAAACAUCUUGUUCAGAAUGACCAUCUGAACUCGCGCGCAACUGCCCAGAAUCAGCCGACCAAACUAUCGAGUGGAAGCCUCAGCCUGAUCACUAGCGCUUUUGAUUGUGGUCAUGUUCUAGACGCCAAACAACCAGGUUACUGAGCCUGACCACAGUCUUUAAUACUACUCAACGAUUGCAGGAUGGCCGUCUCACAGUCAGAGAUUUGCGUGAUACCCGGCGGCUCAGCCUUUUCCGGCUUCCGUCGUCAGGCACUUGCGUCUCAAGUUGGCGUAAAGGAUGUUCAAGGACAAUACAUUCAUUACGUUGAACUUAUCGACGACCUCGACACAGAACACCGGACUCUUCUGGAAAAGUUGUUGACCCACGACUCUGAUGAUCAAAGCCUCGAAAAACAGGAUGGACCAUCCCAAACAUUCUAUGUACUACCCCGACCAGGAACCAUUUCCCCCUGGAGUACCAAGGCAACCAGCAUUGCUCAUGUUUGUGGACUUCGAAAGAUCGUCCGGAGAAUUGAGCGUGGAAUCAAAAUCACUGUCUGUUCGGAUACUGACAAGUCCUUGGAUGUGUCUACUUUGGAUUUUCUUCAUGAUCGAAUGACGGAGACAAUAUCAGCACAAGAGCCUGACCUCGACUUACUCUUUGUUCACCAUGAGGCGGGCACGUUAGGCACGUUCGAUCUUUACAACGGUGGCAGGUCACCCACCGAGGUUCUGGAAGAACUGAACAAAGACCUUGGUCUGGCACUAGACGCCUCGGAAAUUCAGUAUCUUGCUGAAGCAUAUGCCAAAGAUGGAUCUGUUCCAAGGAAUCCGACGGAUGUCGAACUAUUCAUGUUCGCUCAAGUCAACUCGGAACACUGUCGACAUAAGAUCUUCAAUGCAACCUGGAUUAUCGAUGGGCAGACCAAGCUAAACACCCUAUUUGGGAUGAUACGGAACACACAUAAGGUGACGAGUGAGGGGACCAUCAGCGCCUACAGCGACAAUGCAGCGGUUCUGCGAGGUAGUAACGGAAGCCAAUGGGCACCAGAUGAUUUCAACGGGCAGUGGAAGUCCAUCAAGGAAAGAGUCGAUAUCCUUGCCAAGGUCGAAACGCACAAUCAUCCAACCGCUGUCUCCCCUUUUCCAGGUGCUGCCACUGGGUCCGGUGGCGAGAUUAGAGAUGAAGGAGCCACUGGAAGAGGCUCGAAGCCCAAGGCAGGCCUCACAGGGUUUUCCGUCUCUGAUCUGCUCAUUCCAGGCCAUCGCCAACCAUGGGAACUUGAUUACGGUAAACCUCACCACAUAGCAACAAGUUUGGACAUCAUGCUUGAAGGCCCCAUUGGAGCCGCAGCGUUCAACAAUGAGUUUGGUCGACCUGCAACCACUGGAUAUUUCCGAACUCUCCUUACCGAGAUGAUGACUGGGAAAGACACUUCUGAAAUCAGAGGUUAUCACAAGCCGAUCAUGAUUGCUGGUGGCGUUGGCACCGUCCGACCUGAGCUCGCGCUCAAAGAUCCUGAUCUUGUCAAAGAUGGCGCAAAAUUGAUCGCAAUGGGUGGACCAGCCAUGCUUGUUGGCUUAGGCGGUGGUGCUGCUUCCAGUAUGGGUUCUGGCGAAGGAUCUGCAGACUUGGAUUUUGCCAGCGUACAACGUGGCAAUCCAGAGAUGCAGCGUCGGGCACAGGAAGUCAUCAAUGCUUGUGCCGCUUUAGGUCCUGACCGAAACCCCAUCCUUUUUAUCCACGACGUCGGUGCCGGCGGACUUUCGAACGCCUUACCAGAGUUGGCAAAGGAUUCAGGACUCGGUGCACAAUUUGAACUUCGAGAAGUCGAUUGUGCAGAUAAGAGCAUGAGCCCGCUCCAGAUAUGGUGCUGUGAGGCGCAGGAACGGUACGUUCUGGCUGUCCACCCAGACGACAUGAACAAGUUCAGAUCAAUCGCCAACCGAGAGCGUUCUACGAUCUCCGUCGUAGGGCACGCUACCGACAAACAAAUACUCAAAUUGACCGACCGCAACAAUCCUUCAAGUCAUGGGCACCAAGAUCCCAUUGAUUUGCCAAUGGAUGUUCUCUUUGGCAAGCCACCCAAGAUGACACGAACAGUCACGUCAAGAAAAGUCGACUUGCCAGCCUUUGACACUAGCCUGAGCAUGUACGUACCGCAAGCUUCUACCCACGGUCUGUUGGAAGAAGCCAUCGAUCGAGUCCUCCAUAUGCCUGCAGUCGGUUCGAAGUCCUUCUUAAUCACCAUCGGCGACCGCACUGUCGGCGGCUUGACGGCCAGAGACCAGAUGGUCGGGCCAUGGCAGGUUCCGCUAGCCGAUGUCUCUGUCACAGCUACAUCCCUCACGACUGGCAUCAAGACGGGCGAAGCCAUGGCUAUGGGCGAAAGACCGACACUUGCUCUCAUGUCACCUACUGCAUCCGCUCGCAUGGCCGUCGCCGAGUCGCUAAUGAACCUGACAGCUGCAGACCUCCCCGACCGCCUCCACCAAGUCAAACUCUCCGCAAACUGGAUGUCCGCCGCUUCGCACCCGGGCGAAGGCGCAGCCAUCUACGAAGCCGUCGAAGCUCUCGGCAUGGACCUCUGUCCCAAACUGGGCGUCGCCAUCCCUGUCGGCAAAGACUCCAUGUCCAUGAAAAUGAAAUGGCAAGACAAAACAAGCAAUCAAGCCAAAGAAGUCACCGCCCCUCUAACCGUCGUGAUCUCCGCUUUCGCUCCUGUACUCGACAUCAAAAAGACAUGGACUCCACAGCUCAAACGGUACAACGAAGUCGGCGAGUCGACACUGUUCUUUGUCGACCUUGGCCUCGCCCACCGCGCCAUGGGCGGCUCCAUCCUCGCCCAGUCGUUCAAACAAAUCGGCGACGAAUCGCCCGAUGUUCGCUCCGUCGACCUGUUCAAAGACUUUUUUGACGCCACCCAGCAACUACACGAGCAAGACCUUGUCCUAGCCUACCACGACCGCAGCGAUGGUGGCCUCUUCACCACGCUUGCGGAAAUGUCCUUCGCCGGCCGUUGCGGCAUCGAGAUCAUGAUCAACGACAUCUGUCCGACACCCAACACACCAGACAUCAUAUCGUGCCUGUUCAACGAAGAACUCGGCGCGGUCUUCCAGGUCCGCAAGUCCGACGAGAACCGCUUCAAAGCCUGCUUCGCCACCUGCGGCCCGCCUCCAGGUCUCAUCCACAAGAUCGGCCGCGUAUCCACGAAAUCCAGCACCCAGAACAUGGCAAUCUAUCACGGCGGCAAGCUGAUCUACCGCGCGACCCGCUCGGACCUACAACAAAAAUGGUCCGACACCUCAUACUGGAUGCAACGCCUGCGGGACAAUCCCUCGUGCGCCGAUGCCGAGUACGCCAACAUUUCCAACGAUGCCGACCCGGGCCUGAGCUACAACCUCACCUACACUCCCAAGGAGAACAUCAACAGCUACAAGACCAGCCUGCUCAGCAUCGUCCGGCCCACCGCUCGUCCCCGUGUGGCUAUCCUGCGUGACCAGGGCACAAAUGGCCACGCGGAGAUGGCUUUCGCAUUCGACGCCGCCGGCUUUACGGCCGUGGACGUGCACAUGAGCGAUAUUCUCGACCCGAAAUCCCACCAGACGCAUCUGGGCAUCGACCAUGACCUGUCCAGCUUCACGGGCCUCGCGCUCUGCGGUGGCUUCAGCUUCGGCGACUGUCUCGGUGCCGGACAGGGCUGGGCCAAAAGCAUCCUCUUCCACCCGGGCACGCGGCGCAAGUUCCAAGCCUUCUUCGAGCGCAAGGACACGUUCACCCUAGGCGUGUGCAACGGGUGCCAGGUCUUGAGUAAACUCAAGGAACUCAUUCCCGGUGCGGACAAGUGGCCCAGCUUCGAGCGCAACGAGUCCGAGCAGUACGAGGCGCGUGUGUGCAUGGUGCGCGUGUCCGAUCCGCCAGUCGACAGCGGCGUGCCGGCCAGUGUCUUCUUCCAUGGUAUGGACGGAUCGAGUCUGCCGAUCGCCGUUGCGCAUGGGGAAGGGCGUGCGUGCUUCACGGAUACGAAUAACAAGGCGCUCGAUGCGUCGUUGGCAAGUGGUUUUGCCAGAGACCAUCUCGCGCCAAUCAGGUACGUAGACAACAAUUCGUUGAAUCCUACGACGACAUAUCCGGCCAAUCCGAAUGGUAGCCCCUCGGGUAUUGCUGCUGUAAGAAGUCAAGACGGCCGCGUGCUGGCGCUGAUGCCUCAUCCUGAACGGACAAUCUUGCAAGGUAUUGGCAGCUACAUUCCUGAGGGCAAGACUGCGGAAUGGGGUGAAUAUGGACCCUGGGAGAGACUGUUCCAAAGUGCGAGAAGAUGGGUUGGAUAGAGGACGACCGACGAAGAAUCGAUGUUAUGAUGCAGGUAGAGUAGGAGGGCCGCAAGGCUGACUUUCCGGCAAAUGUAGGCGGUACGGGCACAGGUUUCGAUACCGACAUAGAACAAGAUGUGAUGUUUGACUUUUUCGA